UCUUCCGAAUCAACAUGGAUGCAGUAGGUGUUGACGCCAUCCUCGUGAGUGGCAAUAGAGAAGCGAAUACCGCCGUUAAAGUACCCGAAAGGGUGUUACGGAGGGAUCAAGCGAGACUGGAAGAGGUAGAGCGCCGGAGAAACGUAAAGGAGAGCCAGACCGUGACGGAGGAAAAUAGCGACAUCUUCAUGUCCACCUUUAAUGCUGAGAAAGCAGCAUUGGAUGAGAUGAUCUCCAGCUGUGACCAUCGUGACCGUGACAAAGCUUUAAAAACACUGGAGGAGGCUACCAUCAAAAUUCAACAGCUCCAGAAAUUCCUGAAUGACAGCAUCAUGUUUCUGACUCAGUAUAAAUUAAGGCAAGCUCAAGCAUCCAUGCAGGAGCUCCAGAGCUCUCUGGCUGAGAGAAGAGAGGCGUUUUUGCCUAAAAAGAAAUUUGCCUUUAGAUCCAAGAACACUUGCAAACAGCCUGCACCGAAUAGAGAACCAACAAAAAAGUCUGUGUCUGAUGUGGUUGGUACUGUAGUGGUUGAUGCUGCUAUUCCUGUUGAACAGUGUGGAUUCUCUAAUGUUGACAAUCAAGUCUUGAUCAAGCAAGCUGAGGAGAUCCAGCAACAGGAUGUGCUGUUAACUCAACUGACAAACUGUAAAGUGAGACUCUAUGGGUGUCCGAGCACCUUGCAUAUCAAGAAUGUCCGUAGCUGUGAGAUCCUCUGCGGGCCAGUGUCCAGCUCUGUUUUUGUUGACCAGUGCUCUGACAGCACUUUAGUUUUCCCCUGUCAGCAGUUGCGCACCCAUAACACCACUGCCACUCAGAUAUACCUCCAUGUGACCAGCCGAGCAAUUGUGGAGGACUGCCAUGGGGUCAGGUUUGCCCCAUUCACAUGGACUUAUCCUGGGAUUCAUGAUCAUUUCAAAGUAUCUGGACUUGAUCCGGACAGGAACAACUGGACGCUGGUGGAUGAUUUCAAUUGGCUUGCUGCUGGCACACACUCACCCAAUUGGACCGUCAUUCCUGAGACCGAGAGAACGUCUAAUUGGGAUUCUGUAGGACCAGCCUCCCAAGAGUCAUGAUCAAUAUGUGUUUACAUUGCAAAAUAAAAUGCUGUUCUGUCUGGAAACAAAUAAUAAUAAUAAUAAAAGAAGUUACAUUAAUAUAGUGAUUUCUUAAACAUAAAAUGUUCAAGAAUUUACUUGAAUAAAAGUAUGCAAAGAAGUUAAUUGAAUGCAUUUUAGGAAGAUAAAGUAACAAAUUGAAAUUAUCUUAUAUCAAGCUUGUAUUUAAUUGUAAUUCACUCACCAAGUAUAUGGAUAUAUUACAAAAAUAAAAAUUCACCAUUAGAUGCUCAAAUUCUGAAUGUUA